AUCAAUUUUUAUAUUGCUACGCAUGCGCAGAAAUUUAAAUUAUUAGUUCAAAUCACGGAAGAAGCGCGGAAGGUUAUGUUAUCUUCGAAUUAUAUUGCCGUUUGCCGACAUGACAUUCUUUUGUUUAUCUCAUGUAGAGCUCUGACAUGUACUUCAUCGCGUUGUAACCUUUAUAAAAUGAGUAAAAAGUUAAAGCUUGAUGUCCUUACAAAGCCAAGGUCCUUACGAUCUGAAAAUAAAGGUGACAGUAAAAAUAUAUCUACAACAUCAGGGUAUUUUGGUGAUAAAGAUGUUUCACCAAAAAAUAUUGUGAAGAAGAAGCAUACACCAGUUAAGAUAAAACAUGAAGAAAUGGAAGAUGCAGCUGACUCGAAAAAUAGUGAAAUUAAAAUUGAAGAUUUACAAAAUAAAACCGUGAAAAAAAAGCGUACACCAGUAAAGAUAGAAUAUGAAGAAAUGAAAAAUGCAACUGAGUCAAAACCCAAUGAAGUUAAAGUUGAAGAUUUACAAGAUGGAACUGUGAAGAAUGAGACCGUAGAAGAUAAAUGGAUGCCAUUAAAUUGGGAAACUACUUUAAAAAAUGUUAAGGAAAUGCGAAAACAUAAAACAGCACCUGUAGAUGAGAUGGGUUGUCACAAAUGUAUAGAUCCAAAUGCUACUGUCAAAGUUGCUAGGUAUCAAUCAUUAAUAGCAUUGAUGCUCAGUAGUCAAACUAAGGAUCAAGUUACUCAUGCUGCCAUGCAAAGAUUGAUUACUUAUGGUUGUACUCCGGAAUUAAUAUCAGGUACUCCUGAUGAUACUCUUGGAAAGCUUAUAUAUCCAGUUGGGUUUUGGAAGAGAAAAGUACAGUAUAUUAAGAAAACUUCAAAAAUUUUAAUUGAGAAAUACAAUAAUGAUAUUCCUAGGACUUUGAAAGAGUUAUGUCAAUUACCAGGUGUAGGACCAAAAAUGGCACAUAUAUGUAUGCAAAUAGCCUGGGGUGAAGUUUCUGGUAUUGGAGUGGACACACAUGUACAUCGUAUUUGUAAUAGAUUAGGAUGGGUAAAGAAACCAACUAAAAUACCAGAAGAUACUCGAAUUGCAGUGGAAGAAUGGCUUCCCAAAGAUCUCUGGAGCGAGGUAAACUAUUUACUUGUUGGUUUUGGACAAGAAAUUUGUUUACCACGAUUUCCUAAAUGUGAUGAAUGUCUAAAUAAAGAUAUAUGUCCAUCUAGCACAAAAAGCAGUAUGAAAAAAAAGACAUAGUAUUGUAAAAAUGUUUAUUAUAAAUUAUAUUUAUUUACAAUAUUUAAAAAAGAACUUUGUGAGAUGA